ACUUAUAAACGGGGCUAAAAUAUAAAGUCGCAGCUUGUCUCGUUUGUUGUUGUCCCUGGAGAACUUGGCCGUUGUUGCUAGGGUUAGCGUCGUCGCUUCCUCUCUGCCUCGAUCCCUCUCGUUGCCAUGGCCGCCACCAGCACGGCGCCUAGUAGGGGGCGCAAUAUAGACGACGAGAACCUGGUAUUCGAGACCAGCCCGGGCGUCGAGGCCAUCACCAGCUUCGACCAGAUGGGCAUCCGCGACGACCUCCUCCGCGGCAUAUACGCCUAUGGAUUCGAGAAGCCCUCUGCUAUCCAGCAAAGGGCUGUGAUUCCCAUUAUCAAUGGUCGCGACGUCAUUGCCCAGGCGCAGUCCGGCACCGGGAAGUCCUCCAUGAUCGCUCUUACCGUAUGCCAGAUGGUUGAUACUGCCGUUAGAGAAGUUCAGGCACUUAUUUUAUCACCUACAAGAGAACUUGCUGCACAGACUGAGAAGGUGAUAUUAGCCAUUGGUGAAUAUAUAAAUGUGCAAGCCCAUGCAUGUAUUGGUGGAAAGAGUAUAGGUGAAGAUAUUAGAAAGCUGGAGUAUGGUGUUCAUGUGGUUUCUGGGACACCUGGCAGAGUUUGCGACAUGAUUAAAAGGAGGACUUUGCGCACAAGAGCCAUCAAGAUUCUAAUCCUUGAUGAAGCUGAUGAGAUGCUGAGUAGAGGUUUUAAGGACCAGAUAUAUGACGUGUACAGAUACCUGCCUCCUGAACUUCAGGUUACUCUGAUAUCUGCAACACUACCCCAUGAAAUUCUAGAGAUAACCAACAAGUUCAUGACAGAUCCUGUUAGAAUCCUUGUCAAGCGUGAUGAAUUGACAUUGGAGGGUAUAAAACAAUUUUUUGUUGCUGUGGAGAGAGAGGAGUGGAAGUUUGAUACAUUAUGCGAUCUCUACGACACUCUCACUAUCACUCAGGCAGUUAUUUUCUGCAACACGAAAAGAAAGGUUGACUGGUUAACUGAGAAAAUGCGCAGUAAUAACUUCACAGUAUCUUCUAUGCAUGGUGACAUGCCACAAAAAGAGCGAGAUGCAAUCAUGGCAGAAUUUAGAUCAGGGGCAACCCGUGUACUGAUCACUACUGAUGUAUGGGCUAGAGGAAUUGAUGUCCAGCAGGUGUCACUGGUAAUAAACUAUGACCUACCAAACAAUCGAGAACUCUACAUACAUCGGAUAGGCCGUUCUGGACGCUUUGGACGUAAGGGUGUUGCGAUUAAUUUCGUGAGGAAGGAUGACAUUCGUAUUUUAAGAGAUAUCGAACAAUAUUACAGCACACAGAUUGAUGAAAUGCCAAUGAAUGUUGCCGAUCUCAUCUAAAUGCUUCAAAUAUCAACCGCCCCUAUUUACCUCGGAUGCUUGCAAGGGAAUUGUUGUAACAAUUAGGUUGGAAAAGUUCAUUUAACUAAGAAAUUUUUCACUGCUGUGUGCUGGAAUUAAUGUUUUUUUUUUUGUAAACUCAACAUGUAAGAUUACAUGAGUUGAAUACAAUAUGAAGUUUUACAAA